UUAAUGUCAAAAGCAGUCAAAAAAAGUGAAAAGAUGUCAAAACAAAACAACCUCAAAAAGUCAACAAAACAUAAUCUUUUUGUAGGACUGUAGGUAAAUUUAUUUUAAUGCAGCAUGUCUGAUAAAAAGAAAAAAGUGUUCACGCCGAAGGAAUACACUACAACAAGGCGUCCGGUCAUUUUAAAAUCAGACAGAGAUCCUCCAAAGGAGCAACCUAAAGAAAAACCAGAAAGGGAAAAGCAGCCCACAAUAAUACUUAAGACACGUGAGCAAAGCACCUCCAAGGAAGAACGCCCGCUAAGUCCCAAAAGUAUCAAGUCUCCAACAUCAGAAAACGAUGGAAUCCAGCCGUCAAAAAUUGCUCAUAAUGAAAAUAAGGAAAAAAAAGACUCAAAGCCAAGUCCGCCAUUAAAAUUCAUGACUGAGCCUGUGAAGUUGUUGGAUGAGAACUUGGAGUUUAACAAUGCUGCCCUGGAAUUCCUACAUGAUUCUAGCACCAACUAUUUAGUUGUAGGCAUUAUUGGUAAUCAAGGUGUUGGGAAAUCAAUGAUUAUGAACCUAAUAGCCCUGAACACGCACACAGAAGAACUGUGUAACCAUAUAUUACACUCACACGAAUUGGCCGACAGCACAUUUGUGUUGAAUGAUGUGUCUGCAGUUUCUAAUCAGUUGGAAGCCUUAAACUUCUCUGGGAUGCAGGAUAAGAAAACUUCUGCUGUUGACUUUAAGUUCAAAAUGCAGGACAUUGAGCAGAUUGAAAGGGGCACCCAUUGUACCAAAGGCAUAGACAUGUACAUAACCAACGACAGGGUCAUCCUGCUAGACUGCCAAGCGCUGUGGUCUCCGUCGCUGAUCGAAGAGUCCAACACCAACCCUAUAACGGCCAGGAGCACUAACGUCAUGACCGUGGACUGCUUGCAGAUAGCCUCGUACUUGAUGGCGAUAUGCCAUGUUCUAAUUGGAGUGCAGGACUGGUUUACGGAUUAUAAUUUUAUCAGGUACAUCCAAGCUGCGGAAAUGUUGAAGCCAUCUUUGUCCAGUUCAAGUGGCAGCCAGGAGCCCAACGAGCCGGCACACGGCGCCGACUCGCAGCCGCAUCUAUUGCUGUUACACAACAGAUGCCAGCUUGAAGAUUUCACUCCAGAAGCUGUUACAGCUAUGCAAGAUGUCUACAGGAAAGCCUUCCAGAAGUCGAACCUGCAACUGCAGUCGGGAAUGUACCUGUACAACGACUGCAACCGCAACGGGCCGGGCUCGAGUAUGGGCGCCUUUAACGAACGCUGCGGAGCGCCGCUCAAUCUUUUCCUGCUGCCUGAGAUACAGCCCUGCGGUAACCAAGAAACCUACCGCGGCCACCCGCCAUUCGAACAGCUGGCCAAACGUCUCCGCUGGAUGGUGAUGGGAGUACACCGCCACCAGAUAACCAACGUGCCCAAUCUCUCCGAAAAAGGCUGGUUCCACUUCUGCACCAAGGCCUGGGAGACCAUCCGAAAAUGCACCUUCUUCAUGGAGUACGAAAGAUUCCUUCCCUGAACUAGCUGCGUGACACAAGGACGAAAUUCCCUUAUCAACGGAUGGAGAUAAGAACGCAGGUGUCAGCCACCUGCGCCUUAUCAAUGAUAAACGAGAUACCGAGAAGGAAUUUAUU